UACCGGCAGCUCUUGAGAUGUGCCGGUGCGCGAGGAGAAGUCACGGCGCGCCGACAGAGCUCAGGUGAUUUCCGCAUGAGGGACUUUGGGAGGAGGGUGGUCAAAGUUCUACGUCCAAAGUCAAUAAACAGCCAGAGUCGUAAGAUGAAGGACCCUGUGAGCACCUGCUCUUACAACCUUUUGUACCAACAUGUGAAGCGAUUUUCCAAAAACGGAGAGUACUUCUUCAAAGAGCUUAUGACAGUUUUCCAGCAAAGGGCUGAGCUGGAACAUACUUAUGCCAAAGGACUACAAAAACUUGCCGGCAAACUUAUCAAGGCGUCGAAAGGAAUGUCAAACAAUUCCACCUACACUGCAUGGUGUCAUGUGUCAGAUGAGAUGUACUCAACAGCAGACACACACAGAACACUGGGAAAUGCGUUCCAGCAAGAAGCUGUUUUGGAGUUACGGCAAGUCUUGGAUGAGCACAACAAGAGGAAAAGGCCUAUAAAGAAGAAGUUGGUUGGGAUAACAAGAGAACAUGAGGCUCUAUUCAAUUUUGUUGAGAACAACAGGCAAAUUUGCACUGAGAAAGAGAAACAAAAGAUGCUUAACAGGCUCACUAAGUCUGCGGAGACUCAGGUGCGAGUAGACGAGGAGUACUUUAAUAUCAACAUGGAAGGCCAUCACUUCAGACUGAAGUGGGAAAACACGUUGAAAAACUGUUACCAGAUCAUCCAGGACCUGGAGAAGCAGAGGAUCGAGGUUUUGUGCAACAUCCUGACUAGAUACAACCUCCACAUGUCCAGCUUUGUACAGACUCUCAUACAUGGCCAAAGGCAGAUAGAGCAGGCAGUCCAAAGGGUCGACGUGGAGAAAGACAUACAAAGCCUGGUACAGGAAAUCAGAAUCACAACUGAGGAUAACAAAGCAGAGUUUUUAAUGACCGAUUAUUUGGAGGAAGACAGCAAGUCACUGAUGGGAAAAGACAGACGAAGGGAGGCCAUAAAAGUCAAACUCCAGCGGCUGGAUGACAGUAUCACAAAAACAAAGAAGGACUGUGAAGGGCUUGAGAAACUGAUGAAAUCCUACUCUGACAAUCCAUCAUUUUCAAACCAAAAGAACCUUGAAGAAACCGAACAGCUGCUUGACGAGACCACUCUUAAACUGGAUCUUCUGGAGGCGACUCAUUACAAACUCUCCCUAUCACUGUCCGAAUUAGACGGAAAACCCAAGACAUCGUAUCGAUUCAGUGACAGUAUUACAAAAUGGAAAGACAAGGACUGUGAGCACAGUGUUGUUCAACUUACCCGCCCAGUCAAAAUCAGGAAGACGCCUUUCAAAUCCCGUCAGUCACUGAGAGCUUCAAUCAUUUAUAAGGGACCUGCAAACUCUGUGGUAGCACCACCUGUGGGUCCUUCAUUCUGCUCCACCGCCCCAGUCUCUUCUGCCGCCUCGACCACAGACCCGGCAGCUGAGGAGUCUGCCGGGGCUCUUAAUGGAGACACAUCUACAAGUGAUGACAAUGGCAAAGGGCAAGGUCAAACAAGCGGAGAGUGGCUCAGUAUAGGAAGAUGCAAGGCCCUGUAUGACUUCACAUCGAAACAAGAUGACGAGUUAAAUUUAAAAGAAGGGGAUCUUCUUGAUAUCUACCAAAAGGAGGACAGUGGUUGGUGGUUCGGCAUUCUUAAUGGGAAGACGGGCCAUUUCCCAUCAACCUACGUCGAGGAACUACCCGUUUUAAGUAGUCAAGUCAUCUGA